AUGACCAACUAUAGGACCGAUCUAAAGGUUGAUGAGAUCGGUCGAGUGGUCUCAGUCGGAGAUGGGAUUGCACGUGUCUAUGGAUUGAACGAGAUUCAAGCUGGGGAAAUGGUCGAAUUUGCCAGCGGUGUGAAAGGAAUAGCGUUGAAUCUUGAGAAUGAGAUAUUUAUCCUCCCUACCCCAUUGAAUUUUGUCCUCCUAUUUAUCCUCCCUACCCCAUUGAAUUUUGUCCUCCUAUUUAUCCUCCCUACCCCAUUGAAUUUUGUCCUACUAUUUCUCCCUACCCCUCUAUCACUUUCUCCUCGUCAAAAACGAAGGAGAGAGGAGAGCCCCCCGCCCGCAGUGGAUCAAGCCGAGGAAGGGCCUUUAGAAGAGCCCACCCCUGAACCCGAGGAGGGGCCCGCCGAUGAGGAAUAUCAGGCUGAAGGCGAGGAAGAAACCGAUGGGGAAGAGGCUGACGACACCGAGGAAGCCCAACCCAGAGGGUCCUCGCCCGACACCUCCGAUUACGAGCGUGAAUCGGGGUGGGAUAACUUGACUCCCGAGCAACGAAGCAUCCUUAGGCGGGGGGAUAAGAGAAAUAGGGCAUUCUUGACCUUUGAUCCCUCGAGUCCUUCCUCAUCCUCUGAGGGAUCAAAUCGCGGCGAAUUCUUGACCUUUGAUCCCCCGAGUGCUUCCUCAUCCUCUGAGGGAGAGAACUCGGAGGGUACUGGGGGGGGCUCCUGGGGUGAUGACGAGUGGGAAUAA